UAAAAUCCCCCUCGACGUAUUUCGCUUCCUCUUCCUUCUUCUUCUUCUUCUCCUUCCAUGAACAAGCAUUGCGACCAGCCUCUCUCUUCUUCUCUGCCUUUCAUGGAGAACUUGAGCUACUCUUCUUCUUCACUCCUUCCAUGCCUGUCUUCGCCGCCGCGGCUAUCUUCUUCGCCUCCAUCCUUGUUCUCUUUGAACCCCAAACCGACCGGUUCGAGCGCUUACAGCACCGGAUUUGAAGGCCACGGCGAUGACGGCAAUGAGCGAAGCAGUUAUCUGGGGCUGGUCAUGUCGAACUCGUCGUCGUCAACAGAUCGCCGUCACGUACUGGAAGCGCCGGUGGUGGACAAGGACGAUGCCGAGAACGUCUUGAACACGGUCAAGAAGAAGGGAGGGAAGAAGGUGAGGAAGCCCAAGUACGCUUUCCAGACGAGGAGCCAAGUGGACAUACUCGACGACGGCUACCGGUGGAGGAAAUAUGGCCAAAAGGCCGUGAAGCACAACAAAUUCCCUCGGAGCUACUAUCGUUGCACGUACCGAGGCUGCAACGUGAAGAAGCAAGUCCAGCGGCUGACCAAGGACGAAGGCGUGGUGGUGACGACGUACGAAGGAAUGCAUUCCCAUCCGAUCGAGAAGUCCACGGAGAACUUCGAGCGCAUCUUGAGCCAAUUGCAGAUUUAUAGCACCUCCGUUUAGAUUAGGCCGUUGUCUCCGUUACGUUUUCGCAUCCUCAGACAUCGAAACAGUAGUUACUAUACACAGUGUAUAUUUGAAAAAGGGUUAAUCGAUCACUUACCUCGUUUCGAACUACGUACUGUCUAAACAAGAUAAUAUACCAAGCAGAUUUCUUUUA